AUGGCAAUCUCCAACGCUGAAAAGGUCUAUUACUUGAUUAUCAAAAUGCGCGCUCAAUCCAACGUUCUCCUUGCCGUUUCUGUUGUCGCUGCUGCUGUUAUUGCUACCGCAUCUGCCUCUCCUGUUGCCGCUACUGAUGUCGCUGUUCCUACUAUGACUGAAAUGGCCACCAUGAGCUUCGAUAGCUCUUUUGAUCAAAGUUUGAAAGAGCACAAGAACAAGGACAAGAAGCGUAAGCAUGACAAGGACGAAAGCAAAACGCCAAAGACCACUGACACUACUACCAAGUCUGACAAAAAACAUCACAAGACGAAAUCUACUACAUCUGAUGCUUCUUCUACCACCAAGUCAACCAAGUCUAAGGAAUCUUCUACCAGAUCUGACAAACACCAUCACAAGACCAAGUCCACCACAUCUGAGGUAUCCACUACCAAGUCUGACAAGAAGCAUCACAAGUCUACCAAGACCACCAAGUCUGUCGACGCUACUACUACCAAGUCUGGUAAGAAACACCACAAGGCCAAGUCCAGCAAGUCUGAUAAAAAGCAUCACAAGUCUUCCAAGUCUGAUGAAAGCACCAGCAAGUCCCACAAGAAGCACCACAAGACAAAGGUUCAUAAAACUGACAAGAAGACUACGGCCUCUCACAAGAAAUCAAAGAAGCACUGCAAGAAGCACCCUGAGGAUUGCAAAUAA